AUGAAGAUGAAGGAGCUUGAAGACCAACACUCUCUAGACGUGCAAAAGGAGCCUGAGGAUUGGCAACUCGCUCAGUUCUUGGCAGUCCUCAGGAAGUUUCAAGUUAAUAUCUCUUUUGAAAAGGGGGAAGAAACUAUGAUGCUGACCAAGGAGUGCAACGUCCUUGUGCAAAGAAAGCUGCCUCAGAAGAUGCCAAAUCCCGGAAGCUUUCUGAUUUCCUGUACUAUAGGGAUCAUUACAUUUAAGAAGGCCUUGUGUGAUCUUGGAUCAAGCAUAAACCUGAUGUCUUUCUCUGUAAUGAAUAAGCUGGGAAUUCAAGAGGUACAGCCUACUAAGAUCUCACUAGAGAUGGCAGAUAAGUCCCUGAAAAAGGCAUAUAGACUGGUGGAGAAUGUCCUUGUAAAGGUUGAAGACCUUUACCUCCCUGCAAGCUUCGUGCUACUUGACACUGGAUAG